AUGGCCGAUCCUCAGCAACCCCAGCCCAGAACCGAACGGCCCGCGCCGUCUGCCAUCCCAGUCGAUGACCCGGCCGAAGCCCACCUCGAAGCAGAAGCCGACGAGAACGACACAUCCUCGGUCGGCGGACUAUCCAUAGAUGAGUCCCAGGCUUCCCUGCGAUCCAGCAUGCUCGAAUACCGUCGCGAGAACGGACGCACUUACCACACCAUGAGUGAUGGCAAGUACGUGUUACCAAACGACGAAUUGGAACAAGAGCGCCUGGAUAUUCUUAACCAUAUGUGGAUGUUGGUGUGGGAUGGAAAGUUCUGCUUAUGCCCCAAAAACAAAGGCGCCAAAAGGGUUCUUGAUAUUGGUACUGGCACUGGAGUAUGGGCCAUGGACUACGCCGAUGAACACCCCGAAGCACAAGUCAUUGGCGCGGAUUUGAGCCCUAUUCAACCAUCGUUUGUUCCAACCAACUGCUCAUUUGAGGUCGACGACCUUGAGAAAGAGUGGACGUGGUCCGAGCCAUUCGACUUCGUUUUCGCCCGCAACAUGCUGGGCUCUUUUGCCGACUGGCCAGCUGUUAUUGAACAGGCCUACAACAACCUUGAGCCUGGUGGUUAUUUUGAAAUCCAUGAUACCAUACACCCAGUCCUUUCCGACGAUGGUACCGUCAAGGACGAUGAUCCCAUAUCGCAAUGGUCACGCUACAUUGUGGAGGCAUGCGACAAGAUGGGUCGACCUGUUACCAUUGGCCGCCAGCUUUCUCAAUUACUCGAAGAAGCGGGAUUUGAAGGGAUAACAGAAACGAAAUUCAAGGCUCCUAUGUCAAGUUGGCCGAAAGAUCCCAAGUGGAAGGAAGUUGGCUCCUGGGUUCAGGCUUCGUUGUUACCUGGACUCGAGGGACUCUCACUCGCCCUAUUCACCCGUAUCCUGGACUGGACCCGUGAGGAAACACUGGUCUUCUGUGCUCAGGUCAGGGACGAUGUGAAGAACAAGAAGCUCCAUGGAUAUUGGGAUGGAGUUUCCGUAUACGGCCGCAAGCCCUUUCCUAAGGAUGCAUGA